AUGCUGUGCCAUCGACACAUCCAUUGCCGCCUGCUGCUGGCAGGACAACUACUGGUGCUAUUGCCACUCAUGCAAUCCUCGCCUGUGUCCAGCCCCGAGAUAGCCAACAAGGCCGCCCAGUCGCCCAACAGCCUCCAGGUGCAGCAGCAGCAGCAACAACAACAGCAGCAGCAACAGCAGCAGCAACAACAGCAGCAACAGCAGGAAGCGCACCUCAACUCUCUCAGCGCAUAUGCCAGUGGAUACGACAGCCUGGCGCAGCUCCAGAUGCAGGGGCAGAUCCAAAGCCAGAUCCAAGCACAGAACCAGGGCCAGGGACAGUCCCAUUCCGAGGCAGAUCCCUCCUCCUUCAAGCCCUCCUACAAGAUGCCCGAAAUGGAGACCAACUUCACGCCCAUGCAGACUGCGGGGACGCCCAGCGUGGCCAGCCUGCCAUCCACACCCAUGCUGAUGCAGUACCUGCCCGCCCAGACCCUGCAAGAUGGCACCGGCACCGUGCAGUACCUCCAGCUAAUUCCCACGCGACCCAUCAUCGUGCCCAUCAGCCCCUAUCUGCAGGCGGCUGCAGCCGCUUCGGGCAACAUGCCCUCCCCGCCAGCGCCCAGUGUGGUGGCAGCCCCACAGCCUGACUUUUCCGGCCGGGCAGCCACCGUGCUGAGCGCCCUGCCCCCCAACUAUGGGGCUUUGCAGGGAUAUGCCACUGGAAUCAACCCUGCGGCAGCAUUCCGCAGCACCUACCGCAUCAAUCGCGAGGCCAAGGACAAGAACUAUCCGCCCACGUUUUCGCUGAACCUCAACGAGUAUCUGCCCGCCUCCUCUGGGGGUCAUGAUGCCAGCUCUCAUUUGUACCUCAGGGCACGAUCGUAG